ACUUCACAAGUACAUUACAUUGAAACCUUUCGGGAACAUGGCGAACUUCUUGUUAAUCAGUGUCCUUAUUCUUCCACUUGUGUAUGCUGUUGAUCCUUUACCGUCUAUUAGUGUCGCGUCUGGAUGUAGUAAGAAUGGUAAAUUAUACAAAGAAGGCGAAUCUUUCCAACCAACCCCAUGCGAGCAUUGCUUUUGUAAUGGAGGCAAAGUAAUAUGCGCGAUUGCAGACUGUUUCAUGCCAACGUGUGUGGACGCUGUGCAUGAUCCUACUAAAUGUUGCUCUGUUUGUCCAAAUGGUAGAAAUUGUUACGCAGGAGACACAAUUAUUCAGGCAGGAAAGUCUGUACAAAUAGAUGACCACACCACAUGCCACUGUCCGACCAGAUUUGGAUUUGGAAUGACCGCACUAAGAGCUGUGUGUGAAAUCAGGGUCAAUACCGUUACAGCUAAAGUUGUAAAUCUGACCUGUCGACGUGCUGAUAAGAACUCUACACGUUUUUCUUCUUCACAAUAUUCUCUUAUAAUGUAUACACGGAAUUUACUUAGGAGUGUAUUCGUAAUCAUAUUUAUUACGGUAGUUAACUCUUUAACCUUUCCUCAACCACCGACUCCACCAUCCGGGUGUUUCAGGGAUGGAAAAAUGCAUCCAGAAGGUAGUCACUGGAAGGUGUCUCCUUGUGAAUGGUGUGAUUGUGUGAACGGUCAAUCACAGUGUCUUAUCGCUGACUGCUUUAUAGUGGAAUGUGUAGAUUCUGUACAACAUCCUGACAAAUGUUGUCCAGUUUGUCCAAAUGGUAAAAACUGUUACUUCGGCAACAAAAUAAUUGCAGCCGGUAAGGAUGUCCAGGUAGAUAGCCAUACUUCGUGUAGAUGUCCAGAACAAUUUGGAUUCGGAAUGACAGCACAUAAGGCAGUGUGUAAUUAUACCAUGACAACAGUAAAACCGUAGAUUAUGGAAAUGAACUGUAUUAAAUAAAAUUGAGAAAGAAAA